AUGGGAUCGUUUGCAGGUUCUUGCGAAAUUGUGGAAGAGAAAGACGAAGCAAGAUCGACAAAACAUUCAGGGAGAUAUGGCAAAUCAGUUUUGGGAUCAUCAAGCAAUGAUCUUGAGAGGAAGCAGCAGCAGCAGCAGAGAGAGUAUCACGGUUCUCUCGAGUACGACAUUGACAAGCUUUUCCAGUCUAUACCUGUGAAACCAUCAACAACGAGGCUGAUGACUUCUUCUUUCCGUAAUCUCGAAACGAGCGCGAGUGCUGGUCCAAGCAGGACCACGAGUCCUUCGAAUCGAAUUGCAAUGAAGAAACCGGGGACGCCUCAGUCGCCUAGAGUUUUCGGUCUCUCUGAUUCGGUUUCCUUGAAGCAGGCUCUGAGGGACCGUUGCAUUUCCAAGGCGUCUGAAAUGGCUGCUCAGAAACGCCUGUCGAAGUCAGCAGCUGCGUCUCCGAGAGUCUCUGAAGCUGACAGGAUUAAGACUUUGUAUAAUCAAGUCUCCAAUGAAUCUAGGUCCACGCUUCUUCUUCCUGUGGACAAGGGUAAAGGAAGCUUGCUUGAGAUACCUUCUUCUUCCAACGAUAAACCAAGCUCUUCAAGGAGCGUGCCUGAGCUGGAGAUUCAGAUGCUGCAUGAAUCCAAGAAGAACUCUGGUUCUUGUCUCAGUUCUGGAAGUGGAGAUUAUGAGAUAGAGUUGGAUCAAAACGUUGUUGACUCUCCUUCUGCUCACGCGUUCGUUGAAGAAGAUGUGAUAGAAAUAGACAAACAUGUUACCUCACUGCCUUCUGGUUCUUGCAAGAAAGAUGAUUAUGUGACGGAGCUUGACAAGAAAACACGCUCAUCUGCUUCUCUGGAAACGGAGCAGAAAGGGAAGUUGGAUAACGAGCCUAGUUCGGGAACAGAGAAGAGCAAGACAGUACGCAAGGUAACAAGAAUGAUUCCACGUCCCAAACAGCAGCCGAAAAAGAAGAUUUUGCUUAAGAAGAAGCUGAAAAUUGGGAUCGUUUCUGCAGCCAACACAACAAAGAAAGAUGAAGAAACUGAGAAAAUUCUCUGCCAAAGAUGUCACUGUUCGUUGAAGAGCUCAAGCACAGAUAACCAACCGCCUCCAUAUACUACUAGUCAUCAUCCUGAGAUUUGCUCAGACAGUUUGAGCUCUGUUUCAAAUAAUGCUGGUAAAGAAGCCGAUGGAAACUCCUCUGGUUCUUGUACUAUUAGUCAAAGCUCUGAAGCUGAGAUUGUCGUCAUGAAACAAGAUGUUUCCUCGAGCAAUGACAGUGGAAACGGCGCAAGAGAUGAAAAGGAAACAGAGAUUCCAACUUCUAGCGAGAAAUUCGAGUUUUCCUUAAGUUCAAAAGAUAGUGUUGGGGAUGAUUACAGCAGGAGCACAAGCAUGAGUGAGGAGAGCAAUCUGAGCAGGUUUAGCUGUGGGAACAAGCCUCACAUGUCGAUGGAUGUCAGAUGGGAAGCGAUCAAGCAUGUCAAGUUGCAAUGCGGCUCUCUUGGUUUACGACACUUCAACCUUUUGAAGAAACUCGGUUGUGGAGACAUAGGAACAGUCUACCUCGCUGAGCUCAUUGGCACAAACUGUUUGUUUGCGAUAAAGGUCAUGGACAACGAGUUCUUGGCAAGAAGGAAAAAGUCUCCGAGAGCACAAGCGGAGCGAGAAAUACUUAAAAUGUUGGACCAUCCUUUUCUUCCUACACUGUACGCUCAAUUCACUUCGGAUAACUUAUCUUGUCUUGUCAUGGAGUAUUGUCCUGGAGGUGAUCUUCAUGUCCUUAGACAGAAGCAGCUUGGCCGGUGUUUCCCUGAGCCUGCAGCAAGGUUCUAUCUUGCGGAGAUCCUUCUUGCAUUGGAGUACUUACACAUGCUUGGUGUCAUAUACCGAGAUUUGAAACCGGAGAAUAUUCUAGUCCGUGAAGAUGGACACAUUAUGCUUACGGAUUUCGAUCUCUCUCUCCGUUGUGCAGUGAAUCCGACGCUUCUCAGGUCAACUUCUCCUCCCGGUGGAGAUCCGGCAAGGAUGUCAGGUCCAUACAACACAUCCAACUGUAUACAACCGUUCUGCAUCACCGAACCAUCUUGCCAGGUCUCUUGUUUCAGCCCUAGGCUCUCUUCAAACCAACAGAAAGGUCGAAAACCGAAUCAUCUUUCGAAAACUCAGCAACAGUUGAAGAGAUCAUUGCCUCAGCUUGUGGCUGAGCCAACGGAAGCAAGAUCCAAUUCCUUUGUGGGAACACACGAGUACUUAGCUCCUGAGAUCAUCAAAGGAGAAGGACACGGCGCUGCGGUUGACUGGUGGACGUUCGGGGUUCUUCUUUACGAGCUCUUGUACGGGAAAACACCUUUCAAAGGUUACAACAACGACGAGACUUUGGCUAAUGUUGUGUUGCAGAACCUCAAGUUUCCUGAUAGCCCGCUUGUGAGCUUCCAGGCAAAGGAUUUGAUCAGAGGGCUUCUGGUUAAGGAACCGGAGAACAGGCUCGGGUCAGAGAAAGGAUCUGUAGAGAUCAAAAGACAUCCUUUCUUUGAAGGGUUGAAUUGGGCGCUGAUCCGUUGCGCAAUACCGCCUGAGCUGCCGGAUUUCUACGAGUUUGGCGGUGGUGGACAGGAGGCGGCGUGUUCACCUGGAGGCAAUGAUGAUAGGUAUCUUGAAUGUAAAGCCGUAGGUGAUCAUCUUGAGUUCGAGUUGUUCUAA